AUGGCGGGCGCGGGGAAUCCGCCGUUCGGCCGGUCGCCUCCAGCCGGAGCAGCGGGGAGGCGGGAGAAGCGGGGGUCGAGGGCGACGGCGGGCGCGGGGAUCCGUGAAGCUGGAUGCGGCUCCGACGGCGUGACGGCGGCGGGCGGCCUGCCCUCCCGGGCGGCGUGCGGAAGACACGUCACGCGCGCGCGGCAUCAGGGCCGUCCGUUCUGAUCGAACGGCCGUGGCUGGUCCCUGCGACACGUGUCUCGCACGGGAUCAUCACGGCCGUCCGAUCCUCCACGUCAGGGGCGGUUAGCGAUCGGAGGGCAGGAAACGCAGCCUCCGUCGCCUGGCUGGCUGCCAGGCGAGCAGUAUAUUUGCUGCCGCAUGCAGCUCUGCACCACCGCAACAAACUUUUCCCCUCUCUUCUCCUCCGACUCCGAGCAGACGCAGACGCACAAGCCACAAGCAGCGGAGGCGGAGCAGCGGAGGACCACGGUGAGAGAGGAAAGUAAACACCACAAUGGGUCAAGGCCAUUCUUAUCUAAAGAAGUUCACUGUCAAAGACGAGAAUGACAGAAUUAACUAUGCCACAUCAACUAUGCAAGGAUUGCGCUCGUACAUGGAAGAUGCUCAUACAACUAUCCUAGAUCUAGAUCAUACCGGAUCCACAUCAUUCUUUGGUGUUUAUGAUGGCCAUGGAGGAGCUAAUGUUGCACUGUAUUGUGCGAACCGAUUUCAUACUGAGCUUCUACGAGAUGAAGAUUACCAGAACAAUCUGGAUGGUGCAGUGCGGCACGUGUUCUUCAGAAUGGAUGAGCAGCUGAGAGAAUAUGAUGAAUGGAGAGCGUUAGCUAGACCCCGCCGCCGCCGUUUUAGUUUCAAUUUGCUAAAUUGCCUCAGGGCAGUUACUUGUGCUAAGGAAUCACAUGGAUUAUGGAGGUUCUAUUUUACUUUCUGGAGAUAUGCUUUCGAGUUGGAAGUGGUAUAUAUUGUUCUCAUUGGUCAUUCCACCUUGGCUGUUAUCACUUGUCAUAUUCCCAGAAUCAAGGGAAUCCCUUACUCUGAAGGAAGCACAGCCUCUGUGGCUCUCAUUAGAGGAAACCAAAUCAUUGUUGGAAGUGUUGGUGAUUCUCGCUGUGUACUCUCAAGGAAUGGUCAGGCAAUGGAUUUAUCCACCGAUCACAAACCAAACCUUCCGGAUGAACGUCGGAGAAUUCAAAAUGCUGGAGGACGAGUAACCAGGGAUACGCGACGUGUUUGGUGUGCAGGACAGGAAAGAGUACAGUUGGGCAGCUAUCGUGUUAAUGGGCUCCUAGCCAUGUCUAGAUCUAUUGGUGAUUUUAUCUUGAAAUCGAAUGGUUUGUCUGCUACAGAACAGAUGGUGACAUGUAAUCCUGAUGUUCGCACUGUGGACAUAACUGAUGAUACUGAGUUUCUUCUUAUAGCAAGUGACGGCAUCUGGGAUAUCUUGUCAAGUCAGGGCGCGGUGGAUUUUGUACACCAGAAGUUAGCAAGCGGGACAACAGAUCUGCGUACCAUUUGUGAGGGGCUUCUUAGCCAUUGCUUCAGGUCGAGGGACAACUCAACCGUGAUACUGGUUCAGUUCAAGCCUGCCGCCAGGAUUCCUCUUGCUCCUCCGGCCAGCGCCGCGCCAGUGGUUAACCCAAGUGCCACUGAAACUUCCAUUGCCGCCAAUCCUGACGCUAGUGCUGAAGCCAAGGCUGACUCCGGCAGAGAGAUCGAGGAACUUGAAGGACCGCUCCUGCCUCUGUCAACAUUACCUAGCUCGUCGCAGUUGUUGUGAGUUUUGACCGAGAAGAGAGAGCUCCUGGGUCGGGGAAGCGUGCAGUGCUAUUUGGUUUCCUAUUUUUCAAAGACGACACGGUGUGGUGCCUUGCCACUGUGUAGGAUGAUGAUACCAUGCGUAGGAGUAAUAGUCCCACUUACUCGGUGCUUCCUGGGAACUGUUUAGAAGAAUUUGCCACUUGGAUUUGGAUUUACGCACUCGGUUUUGUUUUCUACUACUCCGUACUUCUGAUGUUGGAUCGACACUCUCUAUUGAUGCUAAGUGCCUUCAGAA